UGGGAAAGUUGAGGCCGUGCUGCCGCCGGGUCUCCGGCCUCGAGGGCUCGGGCUCGCUGCGGCGGCGGUGGCCGCGAGGAGAGGCGGCGGGGGCGGGGGGAGAGGAGGGCCUGGGCCCGCGCUCCCCCAGCCCCGCAGAAGCAGGCGGCGGCUGCCGACCCAAAGGCUCGCCUGGACGGCCAGACACCGCUGCCUUCCGCUCCUGGGAUCAUGACCCAGGCGGGGGUCGCCGCCACUGCGGCCGGGAGCGCGUCGCCGGCGGUAAGAAGAGAACAUAACCUAUAGAGGCCGUCUUUUGGCAGAAGAUGGUAGAUUUGAACCAGAAAGAGGAGGAGUUGGAAGCUAGGAAUCCAAAGUGAAGAAACUCUGCGAGCCCUUGGGUUCCUAUUACUGCCACCAUGCCAGAAAUGACAGAGCAUGAGACGCCAACGAAAAAACAGCACAGAAAGAAGAACCGGGAGACACACAAUGCAGUGGAGAGGCACAGAAAGAAGAAAAUCAAUGCUGGGAUAAACAGAAUAGGAGAACUGAUCCCGUGUUCCCCUGCUCUGAAACAGAGCAAGAACAUGAUCCUGGACCAAGCCUUUAAGUAUAUAACAGAAUUGAAGCGGCAAAAUGAUGAACUCCUACUUAAUGGAGGGAACAGUGAACAAGCUGAAGAAAUUAAAAAGCUACGAAAACAACUGGAAGAAAUCCAAAAAGAAAAUGGCCGAUAUAUUGAAUUAUUGAAAGCAAAUGACAUAUGUUUAUAUGAUGACCCCACGAUCCACUGGAAAGGAAAUCUGAAAAACUCAAAGGUGUCGGUUGUUAUUCCGAGUGACCAGGUCCAGAAAAACAUCAUUGUUUAUUCCAAUGGGAGCCAGCCUGGGGGAAACAGCCAGGGGACAGCCGUUCAGGGAAUAACCUUUAAUGUUGGUCACAGCUUGCAAAAGCAGACCGCCAAUGUGGUGCCAGUGCAGAGGACCUGCAAGCUUGUGACUCCUGUGUCUAUUUCUGGAGUUUACCCUUCUGAAAACAAGCCGUGGCAUCAGACUACAGUGUCUGCGCUGGCUGCCAACCAGCCUGUUCCCCUUUGUCUUCCCACUGCCAUUUCUGCUCAAAAUAUUCUCGAACUUUCUACUUCCGAAAGCCAAUCAAGUGUGCUUGGUGCCAGUGGUGGCUCACUGAUCACUGUUUCAGUUGGCCCUGACCCUCACCAACAUCAUUCCUUGCACACAUGCCUAAAUGAUCAAAAUGCUUCAGAAAAUAGCAGUGGGCAAGAGAGCCCUAAAUCAUCAAAGCAAACAGUUGUGUGUGUCACAAGCACCUCCUCCAGCAGCUCGGCAACUGCCUCUAAAGUGCAUCAUGGAACCAGAUCUGGCCCGAGUGUGCAGGAGUUCAGUGGAGAUUUGCAGAACACCAUUGUUGUGUCCGUUACCACCACAGUAAGCCCUGGCCCUCCCAGGUCUACAGGUGAUUCUUCUCCAGUGAGCGUUAGCAAGGCAGCAGACUCAGCAACUACAACAGUGGUGGCACCAGCUCCCAGCAGAGUAGUGAAGACCACCCUCCCAGUGAGCAGUCUUUCUGCAAAUCCUUUGGACAGUGGUUGGACUCUUUCUUGUUCUUUGCCUUCUUCAAGUGUUAGUGCUUCAGAUUUGAAAAACAUCAGUAGCCUUACCCGAAUCUCUUCGGCUGGAAACACACAAACAACAUGGACUACUUUGCAAAUGGCUGGAAACACUAUUCAGCCUUUAAGCCAGACACCGUCUUCUGCUGUGACUCCAGUAUUAAAUGAGUCUGAUACCAACCCUACCCCAAGCCUCCAUAACCAUGUGGCUACAGCAAUCACUUUAAAUAAUUCCCUUCCAGCAGAUAGGCCGCCAGUUGAGCAAGUAGUGGUCACUUUGCCUUCGUGUCCACCCUUACCUAUGCAGCCACCAAUUGCCCAGCCACAAGUUAAAUCUCAGCCUCCAAAAAAUAUCCUUCCCUUGAAUUCAACAAUGCAAGUGAUUCAGAUGGCUCAGCCAGUCGGGUCAGCUGUCACUGCGGCUCCAGGUAACCAAAAUGUCAUCAUUCUUCAGCCACCCAGCACAACCCCAUGCCCAGCAGUGAUGAGGGCAGAGGUUCCCAACCAAACAGUAGGCCAACAGAUUGUCAUCAUACAGGCAGCCAAUCAGAACCCAUUGCCACUCCUCUCUGCUCCCCAUUCUGGUCCUGUUCGACUUCCUGUUAAUGGAGCCAGUGCUAUAAUAGGGUCUCAUAAUAAUGUGCCAGCCCCACAGACUUUUGGAGGAAAGCAUCUUGUCCACAUAUUACCAAGACCUUCAUCUUUAUCCAUAUCUAACUCAACUCAAACUUUUUCUGUUACCAUGUCAAACCAACAGCAGCCUCAAACCGUUUCUUUAAAUGGGCAGCUCUUUGCUUUGCAACCUGUCAUGUCUUCAUCCGGAACUACAAAUCAAAGCCCUAUGCAAAUUAUUCAACCUACCACCAGCGAAGAUCCAAAUACCAAUGUUGCCCUGAACACAUUUGGGGCUUUGGCCAGCCUCAAUCAAAGCAUAUCGCAGAUGGCUGGGCAAAGCUGUGUACAGUUGUCUAUCAGCCAGUCUGCUAAUCCUCAGACUUCUGCAAACAGUCAGCCCUGCCCAGCUAACUGUGUGUCACUAACCACUGUAGCACCUACCAUGACAACAGAUAAUUCAGCCACACUACCCAGCACGUACAGUCUUGCAACAGCUUCCUUAGCAAACACUGUCACUUGUUUGCCCUCUACCAUGAAAUCAAAAAGACCGAACAAGAAGCCAGGUGCCAAGAAACACUUAGCAGCUAACAAGCCAGCAUGUCCCCUGAAUUCAGUCAGAGAUGUGGGCAAGCUAGAUGGUCCCAGAACAGACAGCUCAGCAGAGCCAUCGUGUAGUGAUGGACUGCUGAACAGCCUCCCUGGUGGCCUCCCAUCUGUUGCUGUGUCCCAGGCAAAGAGUGUUAGUAUUUCUGCUUCACAUUCUUUGGACAUUCUGAAUUCUGAAUCAGUAAUCCCUGAGUCUGUGACCAAACCUAAGUCAGCAGGGGACUGUAGCUCAUCCUCCCAAGAAUCGGAAACAAAUGAACAGUUUGCAGUGGCCCCAGCAAAAUCCAAAGAUUCUCCUCCCAUCUUGCAAGAGACAUCUCAGGGCACACCACCAACUACUGUAGCCUUGUCCAGUGCUACAAACUCCUGUACUUCAGCCAAUGUGUUGAGUCCAUCUCCUAUCGAAUCCCAGAUUUUGGUUUCUCAGGUUUCUGGUAUGUCAUCCACUACAAGCACUUCAAGUGCUAACAGUAUUUCUGAAGUAGAAAUUGUGGCAGAACCUUGCCCCAUUCAGCAGAAUUCACUGGACACCAUGCAAGCAGCAGGGCCUUUAAAGGGACAAGGUCUAACAAUGCUGCUGUCUGAUCUUACUAAAGAAAAAGACCUUCAGAAACCAUCUCUUUCUGUUCAGAUGGAUCAUCCAGAUUUUUCUCCAGAUAAUUCUAAGAUAGGUGAUUCUAAUGUUGGUUUGCAUCCCAAGCAGGAACUGUUACUGAUAAACGACGACAGAGAUCCUCCACAGCACCACCCCUGUCUCCCUGAUCAAGAGGUUAUCAAUGGUUCUUUGCUCACCAGCAGGCAAGCUGACUCUCCUAUGUCAACCAGCUCUGGCAGUAGUCGUAGUUUCUCGGUUGCAUCCAUGCUUCCCGAAACAGCUCGUGAAGACGUGACCAGUACAACAGCUAACACAUGUGACAGCUGUACCUUUGCAGAGCAAACCGAUAUCGUAGCCCUGGCAGCAAGAGCUAUUUUGGACCAGGAGAACAUUGAGAAGGGAAGGGUUGGCACACAGACUGAGAUGAGGGAGGUUACUUCCAAGUCUUCUGAAACCUCUUUAGAAGGAGAGCAGCCUUUUAAAACACAGAUCCGUAAGGAGCCUUGCACGGGACCAGCAGAUGCAACACCAAAUGAAUUUAACUCUCAGGAUUCAGUGGACGUCACAGUCAAUAGGCCUCUCGAAAAAUCGAGCUGUUCUCUGGGAAUUAAAUCAUCAAAUGCCUCCUUGCAGGUGCCUGCCUCUCAGCCGCCAAGUUUGACCAGUUUAAGUGUGAAUAAUCUUGUCCAUCAAAGCAACGUCAGCCAUCCUCUGGUCAGCUGCACGGGGUUAUCGCAGACUUCAGAGCAAACAUCUAUUCCUGUAACUGUUAAUAUGCCUGUUGUAUCCAGCUCUUAUAGCAGCCAGCCUCCUGCACCACCUCUGAUGACAGACUAUCCCCAGGAACAGCUGAACAGCAUGAGUAGUGCCGUACCAAAUCCACAGGCUCAAGAACCCCGCUCGAAGCCGAGUCAGGAGAGCCGGAAAGAUUCUGCAAAGCGUGCUGUACAAGAUGAUCUUCUACUGUCUUCAGCCAAACGGCAAAAGCACUGUCAGCCAGCCCCUCUGAGGCUUGAAAGUAUGCCCCUGAUGAGCCGGACCCCAGACAGCAUUCCUGAUCAAACUCAAAUGAUGGGGAGUCAGAUCCCCACCAACUCUUCAAACUCAGUUGUUCCUGCUAGCAACCCAGCUCAUGGAGACGGCCUUACACGGCUUUUCCCUCCUGGUAACAACUUUGUGGCGCCUGCAUUGAGGCAGACUGAAGUUCAGUGUGGUUCUCAGCCUCCAGUUGCUGAGCAACAGCAACAAACUCAGGCAAGUCAACAUCUGCAGGCCCUGCAGCAGCAUGUACCAGCUCAAGCGGUGUCUCACCUUCACACCAACCAUCUCUACAUCAAGCAGCAGCAGCAGCAGCAGCAACAGCAGCAAGCAGGGCAGUUAAGAGAGAGGCAUCACUUAUAUCAGCUGCAGCAUCAUGUGCCUCAUGCAGACAGUGCUGUCCACUCCCAGCCCCAUAUUGUGCACCAGCAGAGAACUCUACAACAGGAAGUUCAGAUGCAGAAGAAGAGAAAUCUCAUUCAGGGCACUCCUGCCUCUCAGCUGUCCUUACAACCAAAACACCAUGGGACUGACCAGUCAAGACCCAAGAGUGGUCAGCCACAUCCUCACCAUCCGCAGAUGCAGCAACAGAUGCAGCAACACUUUGCAAGUUCCCAGCCAGAGAAGAGCUGUGAAAACUCUUCAACUGGCCGGGGCCACCAUAACCAUGCCCAGAACCACAUCAGUCAAGAGAUUCUGCACCAGCAACAGGAUGUUGGAAGCAGACAGCAGGGUUCAGCAGUUUCUUCUGACCAUGUAUCCGGUCAUAAUACAAUGCAGAGGCUUUUGCCGCCAAGAGGCUUAGAGCAGCAAAUGGUGUCCCAACCCAGUAUUGUGACCAGGUCUUCAGACAUGACCUGUGCUCCACACAGGCCAGAGAGAAACCGAGUGUCCAGUUACUCUGCUGAGGCUCUCAUUGGAAAGUCAUCUUCAACUUCGGAACAGAGAAUGGGCAUGUCUAUUCAGGGUUCAAGGGUUUCAGAUCAGCUUGAAAUGAGAAGUUAUAUUGAUGUUCCCAGAAAUAAAAGCUUGGCACUUCAUAAUAUGCAGGGUCGCAUGGACCAUGCUGUCCCUCUUCCUGAUUGUCAGACAUUCAAACCAGCGGGAGCCAGCCAACAGCCCCAGAGUAAUUUUGAAGUACAAUCUUCAAGAAAUAAUGAAAUAGGUAACCCUGUGCCGUCACUGAGAAGUAUGCAGUCACAGGCUUUUCGAAUUAGUCAGAACACUGGCCCACCACCAAUCGACCGACAAAAGAGGUUAUCUUAUCCACCAGUUCAAAGCGUCCCAGCAGGAAAUGCUGUCCCACCAAGGGACAGUGAGAACACGUGUCACCAGAGUUUCAUGCAGAGUUUACUUGCUCCUCACCUUGGUGACCAGGUCAUUGGGAGCCAAAGGUCACUCUCAGAACAUCCAAGGAAUACACAAUGUGGUCCAUCUUCAACAAUUGAAUAUAAUUGUCCUCCAACCCGUGAAAGUGUUCAUAUUAGAAGAGAGAGUGAAAGUCAGAAUAGGGAGAGUUGUGACAUGUCUUUAGGUGCAAUUAACACCAGGAACAGCACUUUGAAUAUUCCUUUUUCAAGUUCCUCUUCCUCAGGAGAUAUUCAAGGUCGAAACACAAGUCCCAAUGUUUCUGUGCAGAAGUCCAAUCCCAUGAGAAUUACUGACAGUCAUGGGACCAAGAGCCACAUGAACCCUCCUCCGGUCACAUCCAACAUGCAUGGGGUUGCAAGGCCAACUUUGCCACACCCAUCUGUGUCUCAUGGAAAUGCUGACCAAGGGCCUCCUGUACGUCAGGCUAACUCUUCAGUUGCCCAGAGGUCAAGACAUCCCCUGCAAGACAGCAGUGGUUCCAAAAUCCGCCAACCUGAAAGGAAUCGAUCUGGAAAUCAAAGACACAGUAGUGUCUUUGACCCAAGUCUUCCUCACCUUCCUCUCCCUGCUGGCGGCAGCAUGAUUCUUGGACGUCAGCAACCUGCUGCAGAAAAGAGAGGGGGUAUUGUUCGUUUCAUGCCCGAGAGUCCACAAGUCCCUAACGAUAAUUCAGGUCCUGACCAGCAUACACUGUCACAAAAUUUUGGUUUUCCUUUUAUUCCCGAGGGUGGCAUGAAUCCACCAAUAAAUGCGAAUACUUCCUUCAUUCCACAGGUUACCCAACCUAGUGCCACGCGAACUCCAGCUCUCAUCCCAGUAGAUCCCCAAAACACUCUACCUUCCUUCUACCCCCCCUAUUCUCCUGCUCAUCCUACUCUGUCCAAUGACAUUUCAAUCCCUUAUUUUUCUAAUCAAAUGUUCUCCAAUCCUAGCACAGAGAAAGUAAACAGUGGAAGUUUAAACAACCGAUUUGGAUCCAUUUUAUCUCCUCCCAGACCCGUUGGCUUCGCUCAGCCAAGCUUUCCCCUUCUCCCUGAGAUGCCGCCAAUGCAUAUGGCCAACUCUCACCUAUCCAAUUUCAAUAUGACAUCAUUGUUUCCGGAAAUAGCAACAGCUCUUCCUGAUGGCUCAGCGAUGUCACCUUUGCUCACCAUAGCAAAUUCCUCUGCUUCUGACUCUUCCAAGCAGUCCUCAAACAGACCUGCUCACAACAUAAGCCAUAUCUUAGGUCAUGAUUGCAGCUCGGCUGUUUAAAUCCAGAGAAACUAAAUGCGAAGGUUCGGAUUGAGUUGACAGCUGUUCUUGUUUGUACACGUGUGCAUUGAGGGAGUUUGUGUGGGUAUGUGUCUUUGUUUUGGAUAACCAUUUUUCAGUUAGCUUCUGAUUAUAAGGGAGCCAUGUCAGAGAAGAUGCAUACACUGGGGUUGUCAAAACAAUCACCUCUUAUUUCUGAGUGAUGUACUUUCUUUGAUCAUCUAAAUGAUUUACCUUUCUAAGUUUGACUUGUAAAUCUUUUAUUCCCUAAGUACUAACCAACAAGAAGUUGAAGAGAUCUUGGCACAUGCUGGAUGGUAGGAAGGAGCUGAGAUUCUAAAAUCAGUUGUUGAUAAGUUAUAAGAUAGAUAGUCGAGAUAGUUGGUUUGCAAAUCCAAAAAUAAAAGCAACAUGAAAAAACGUGAUUCAUCACUCGGUGAUGUCAACACCUAACAAUUCUCAGCCACGGCAGGUGAUAAAUUGAUAGUAGGCUAAAUUCCCAUACAUAAAAUCAAGCAGAUAAAAAAUAUAUGAAGUGUUUGACUCCUGAACUUGGUUACAGAGACUUCUUUCUUAAUUAUAAUUUUAACAAACUACCUAAAUUUCAUGUCUUGUUCUUCAAAAUAGGGAGUCACAUUAUCCUUUAAUGUGCCAAGAUCAUGGAAAGUAAAAGUCUUCCUAAGACAAUGAGCCUUAAAAAUACAAAGCAAAGAUAAAAUACAGAAAUGUUUUCCACUUAGUACUUGGGUUUUGCAUUAGGCCAAAGAAUAACAGACAUUGUAUUGUGGCUUUUCCUAGGGUCACCUAGUGAUUAGUGCUUCAUCAGUUGAGUAGAUGUAGUAUUUUCUCUUCAUUCUAUUUAUUUGGUCUUGAAAUAAAUUAAUUUACAAUCAUUUAAAUAUUAGAACUGCUCAGUGAAUACUGUUUUUAGAAGACACAUUUGAGCCUUUUCAGAUACUUCUGAAUAGGGGUUUAAGCUGUCUCAGUAUUUUCAUUUACUGAUUAUUUAUAUUAAAUAUUGCAUUGUAAAUUGCAUUAUUGUUCUUCAUAACAAUUAUAAUAAGAAAAUGAAUUCAUUAUUUUUCUUGUAGGUAUGAAAUGGUGCUUCACAAAAACACAUUCUCUGUGUAUCUGAGUUCGUGAGUGUGAGUGCGUGUGAAAGUGGGUUCCCAAGUCUAGCCUGUCCUUGCUAUUGGAGAUGCAGAUCACAUUGUACAUGGUAAACAGGCAUAGUCUCAUCUCAACUAAAAGUGAACAAAUUGGAAAAAACAGCAGGAUUGCCAUCUGCAAAUGGGAAAUCGAGGCUUGUUCUAUAGCAGUGGUUCUCAUCCUUCCUAACGCGACCCUUAAUACUGUGUUCCUCAUGCUGGGGUGACCCCCAACCAUAAAAUUAUUUUCAUUGCUACUUCAUAACUGUAACUUUGCUACUGUUAUGAAUCAUGAUGUAAAUAUCUGUUUUCCAAAAGUCUUAGGCAACCCCUGUGAAAGGUUAUUUGAAACCCACAGGUUGAGAACCCCUGCUCUAAAGCAUGCUGUAGUUUUUUAAAAGAUUAUUAUUAAUAUUAUUAUUCUCUCAUACAUUACAUCCCAACUGCAGUUUCCCCUCCCUCCAUCCCGCCUCCUCCACCUCUCUAUUCUCUAGAUCCACUUCUCCAUUUCCCUUCAAAAAAAAAAAAGGGGGGGGCGCUUCCCAGGGAUAUCAACCAAACACUGCAUAACAAGUUACAAUAAAACUACAGAAACCCUAAUAUCAAGGUUGGACAAGGCACCUUGGUAGGAGGAAAAGGGUCCUGCUGUAGAUAUUUUUUAACACCACUGAAUUAGUAAUUAAUUUUAAAGCAUAUAUUAAGUCUUGAGAACUUAAAACUAAGAAAAAAAAACUUAUGUACUAAAUUUCUUUUUAAACCAUUUAAACUCUUAGCUCUCAACUGUUGCUCCAUUCUGGUAAAAACUGGAGAGAGAAGGACGGAUGCAGAGAUAGCCCGUUGGCUUAGUAGAAGCGAGCCCAAGGGCCACAGAGGGUUUGGGUUUUUUCCUUUGGUUUGUUUUCAUUUUGUACUAGUCUGGUCAGAGCCCUGGUCAGAGUAGUCGCCACCAAAUGCCUGUCUAAGGGCCCAGCAAAGGGCUUCUUGUGCCUUGUCAGUUUCUGUUGCCCCAAGUCACCCUUCCUGGUGAACAGAGCAAACCCGUGUUUCCUCCCACUUAGUGUUCCUGGGGGAGAAGAGAAGUUCACAGUUGCAUUACUUAACUCAUGUACACCACAAUAGAAAGGUUGCUGAGGAAAAAGAAUCAUUUAUGAAUUGCUUUAAGCAUUAAUAUGCAGAGUGGUCUUUGUACUUGGAGGCCCAGUUUGCCAAGUUCAUUAAACGUAAUGUUGUGUAUGGCCAAUCCCCCUCCCUCCCCCUUCUCUUAGUGGCCGUCUUUCACACGUGCGUCCUUACAUCAUGAUGGCUCUUGAGUUUGGAAGGGCAGGCUUGUGUUAUUGGAUCCAAGGUUGCAUGCUGUGGAGAAACUCCAGUUUUGUGUUGUGUUUCUGAGACAGGGGUCUUGCUCUGUUGUCCAGACUGGCCCGGAAUUCCUGGGCUUAAGCAGAACUUCCACCUCAGCCUCCUAGGUAGUGGGACUCAAGGUGCACCCCACCACCCAGCAGAGAAGCUCCAUUUGUGACUGCGGCACUAAGUCCUAAGCCUGUUAAGACUUUGGGUUAUUUUUAUUGGGUUGUCUGCAGCUCAGCUCUGUCCUGAGAUAGCAUUGCAUUGUCAGGGUUUUCAUGCCAAGAAGAGUACUGUGAGGUUGUCUGAAUCUCAGCCUUCUGUGAGAUGUAAAAGUCUGCAAAUAAUUGGCUCCUGCUCACAUGUGGCCCUAAUUAAAUACAUAAUGCACUUGUGUGUUAGAGAUCAUUUCAUGCAUGGACUCGGAUGAGAAAGAGUUUGCACUUGGUUUAAAAGUCUGGGUUCUUAUUAGUGUUAAUAAUUAAAGCUAAAUGAUUUGGGGAUGAAACUCAAAUGGUUUCUGGUAAUAUCAAGAUAAAACUUUUGUUGAAGUAAUGGCAGAAAAUGCAGUCAAAUUUGGUUAUAAGUUUCAUGUUGUCCUAACCUUUUAACAUGACUAUGUAAAGCAUUUCCACAGAUAGCUUUGUAAUUUCUGGAAGUACACAAGAUCAUGUCUGCCUCCUAAGUGAAAGUCAUUGAUUAGCGCAUUUUGUUCUGACUGUUGAUCAUACAGGAUCACUAAAAGUGCUCUGUUCCUUUGGGCAUUCCAAAGUUAAGUUCUGAUGAAGAGUUUUAGAUUUCUCUUUGUGUACUUCAAUGAAUUUGUUAAAUAUGUCAACUAUAGAUGAAAUAAAUCCAUUUUAAUGUUUUUAAUAGACACUGGGUUUUUAUAAGUCUUGUAUUUCUCCAGGAGUUCUGUUUCUGUUUUCACUAGCACAGCUCUGAGAUGGCAGCAGUCGCUCCCUGCAGAGUGGAGGGCAGGAUUCCCAGUGGUGGCGGUGUGAUGUCAGAAGCCUGCAGAGUGGAGGGCAGGAUUCCCAGUGGUGGUGGUGUGAUGUCAGAAGCCUGCAGAGUAGAGGGCAGGAUUCCAGUGGUGGCGGUGUGAUGUCAGAAGCCUGGGGGUUCUAAACUCUGGCCUUGGGAGUCCCCAGAUACUGGUCAGAAUUACGCUGAACUGCAAUGGAGGUUAGCUUUUUACGUCAGCCUUUUAGCGUUUUAAGGAAACUUCUUUUGCCUUGCUCUUGCCUUCUAACAUUAGCCAUCUCGUGGAGAGGCUAAAACUUACACUCAAAAAACAAUGUAGACAUACAUUUUAAUGGAAACAUUAAAAUGAGACUGUUACUGUGAUUCGGGUUUUCCCAUUCCUUCACACAGGUGUGUAGGCUCGAGCUCUCGUUUAGCUGUUCCCCUUCAAGCAGAUGGCAGGCAGCCUGAUUUGUCCACGAGACAGUUAUGCCUCCAUGUUGGAAUGUGAUUGGGCCCACCCUCUCUAUUAGACCAGUGUGUAGUAGUGGGUCCCCUAUGCCUCUUUCUUAAACAGCAACAAUUCCUCAAAAUGCCAUUAGUUUGAAGUUGGUAAACUUCUCCCCUGUGGUGGAAGGAAAGGUUAGAGGAGGAACCAAAAUAGAUUAGCUCUGAGCCUGUAUCUCAAUGCCUGAAAGGCACUCCAGGUCUGUUCGUCUAGGUACUGACUGACUGGAAGAAGUGUGCCUUUGGCUGUUCUAUCUGGAGGGCAACCAUUAGCCAAUGACCAGAAAAACUAGUAUGGACUUAAUCUCCGAGUGGUUGUUUUGCAGUGUGUAUAUGCAAAUUAAUUUUUUCUAGAGAUGCGUUUCAGGCUGAAUGUCAGCAUUUUGUUUUCUUUUCCCAAAGUUCUACCAAAAAGCAAGGGUUUUGUUUGUUGGUUUGUUUUGUUUGCUUGCUUGUUUUUUGCUUGACUAUACUCUGUAUUCUGCUCAUGCUGGGCUGAAUUCUACUAUAGUAAAAUCUAAGCUGUUCUUAGUAGCUUCCUGGGGCUCACAGUGCUCAGAUGGAGACAGCCCAUGUGGGCUGGGAAAACACUGAGGACCCUUGGGCUCAGAGUUUCUGGUUCUGACCCCACACCUCUGCCCUGGCACUGCCCUUUUCCUGAAACCGUGCCUCUGAUUCCUGAGACCAGAUCCCAGAACAUGUCACCCAGCCGGCCCCGUGCUGCAGCGAAGGAGCUACAGAGAUGGCACAUGCUGUGAGAUGAUCAGUACAGCCGAUGCUUCUCACUCUUGCCUUACCGCCUCUGAGCCAUUGUGGACAAAGUAGCUAGCAAGUUGUGUCGCUGAACCUGUACCUGAGCUUGUGAGGCAGGCCGUCCUUCCACAUCCUCAUUUCCAUGUUGGCAUAAACUCUACCCAGUAAUUGUUUUUGUGGGGAGGGGGUCACACGUGUGUCGACAGGUGCAUCAUAAACAUAGCUCAGCUUAGGCUGAGAAUGCCGGGCAUGAUCUGCAAGCUGUUCUGGAUGAAUGCACAACCUGUCAUUAAAGUUCAUGAGACAUAGACAAAACCUCUCUUGUAGCACGUUUUUAAACAGAAAGUCUUUAACCUUUUGGCCCGGUUGUGUGUACAGCUGUCCAUGCAGUUUGUAAUAGGAAACUAAAGUUGACCCAUUUAAUUUUGUCUUCCCUCUUCCUGAGACCUCUUUUCCCCCCUGCUCCUGAAGUCUUAAAGUCGUUUCCAUCUCUAAGGUCACUGGGCACAGGGCUUGAUGAUAGUGGUAAAUUUUCAGGCUGUUGAACUUCUGAGAAGGGACCAGACAGUGUUGCUUAAGAUGCUGCAGUUGUGUUAAUGUGAAAGAAACAUCUUCCACUUUCAGCAGGUUGUGUGUGUGUGUGUGCGCGCGUGCAUGUGCGUGUGCAUGUGUGUGUGUUCAUUUUGGUUUUUUAAAAAGGUUGAAAAUUGAGGAGAACAUGAUUACUUUCACAGAUUAUUUAUAGAUACACUGGUUGUGAUGCUUACUGUCGGCAAGCACCAGGAAAACACAAGUUUCAGUGCUUCAGUAGUGUGAUCUGUGUACCUGUGACCCAGCCAGCAGUCUUCUGUGCACUGUGUCCUAUGACUGUAAAUCACUUGGUUUAUAAUUCUAAUGGAAACUAAUUUGUUUUGUAAUGGAAUACAGAGCAGAUAUGUAUAAUAGGAUCAGGAUUGUCCUACAGCUGUAAAUAAGAAUAGGUCCUGUUUAUUUUGACAUCUUUUUACAAAUGCAUUGUAUUAGGAUGUGAAUAUUCCAAAACACGCUCUUGUUUAAAGUUUUGAAAUUUUAUUGUUAAAUGUAACAUUUUAAUGGUUGUAAUAAUUAUUUGUAUGGAAAUGGAUAUAGUAUUUUAUUUAAGAAAAUAAACUUUGCAAUUUUUGCAUUGUGAAUUCUCAAUUUUUUCCUGGUCAUUCCCCAUUUCACUGCAGAUCACCCUGUCUCACAUCUGAAGUAGUAUAAUUAAGUUUUUUUAUCUGUCUGAAAAGAUGUCAUGGCACAUUCCUGGUGGGCAUGUGUUCCUAAGCAUUACACCUCAAGUAAAUCAGUUAUGAUCGGGGCACACCUGUACAUUCCUUAGAAAAAGUCAAAUUAGGAUUUCACAUAUGGAAGAGUAUUCGGUGAUGAUUGAGGCUGAACACUCCACCGAGUAACGGGAGAAACUAAAACAUAGGAAUUUGAGAUGAAAGCUGAUGUUAGGCCAGACAGGGGUCUUCGCUGAGAAGAGCACAUACUGUUCCUGCAGAGGAUCCCAUGUCAGGUGCUUGCACCGCCUGUAACUCGUGCUUGAGGGAUCUAACACCCUCCUCUGGCCUCUUCAGGCAUCUGCACCCACACUCAUACCCACUUAGAUGCACAUAAUUAAAAAUUAAGUCCAAAGAAAGUUGGGGGACCAUGAAUGGUGGCACAC